UCCCUUGGCUCGCCGUCUUACUGAUUGAAUCAUUUACUCUGUUCAUUCGUUUACUCGCGCGCUUCCGAGCUCUGAUUUUGACAGAGAAGAAGAAGUAAGAGAUGGGCUCACGGCAAGGACCACCGAAGCAUCAGAACAAAUUCGCGUGGGUACCCAACGCCGGCGUGAAGAUCAACGAAACCGAAGUGGGCGGGAGAUUCAGACCGCUGUCGGAGAUAACGGGAGUUUGCCAUCGCUGUCGGGAGCAGAUCGCUUGGAAACGCAAAUACGGCAAAUACAAAAAGCUAACCGAACCCGCCAAAUGUCAGAAGUGUUUAAAGCGUAAUGUUCGUCAAGCAUAUCACAAGUUAUGCACUGGUUGUGCCAAGGAGCAGAAAGUGUGUGCCAAGUGUUACUCUUCUUCUGAGCAAAUCAUGGGAAGGGAUAUAUAUGAAGUAGAAGCUGAACAGAAGCUGCUCGAUGAGACUAUCAAGAAUGCUAGGGAAAGAGAUCGAAGGACGCUUUUGCGUGCUAUGAACAAAGAUAGCAACCCGAAGAAAUCAGAUGAAGAAGCAACGAGGAGCGAUAGCAGCAAGGUUGGUGAUGUGUUUCCAUCAACAUCUCUUGAAGAAUAUGCAAACAAGUCUGGAAGAGUUAGCGGGAUUAUUGGUCAUGGCCAUGUUGUUGACGAUGAAGAUGAAGAUGAAGAUGAUGUUGCUAGUGAACCUGAAUUGGACGAGGAUCACAGUGGUGAUGAUGAUGAGCAUGAAGAAGUGCAGAAGUGAAUGUAACUUUGGUUGUACUUCUGUCAAUUUUGAUAGAGGCUUGUGAGAUUUUGCAAAACUGGUUAUCCUUUUAAUGUUUUGAUAAACUUUUACUUUGUUACCUGCAUUCCAUGGCUAUAAUGUAUUGGGCUGAACUUGAAACGGGCCUUGUGUUUUUCCUUA